CAUUGACGAAACUAGAGCAUGCGUACUGCACUCCUUGCUUGCUUUACACGCGUGUAAUAUUCACACUUUGGGAAAGUCUGUGUUUAAGACAGAAAUAGGGAAAAUAUAAGACAUAUUUUUUUACCACUAUGGGAGGACAGGCUAAGGGCAAAAAGAAAAGCAAGCCGAAGAGGAAAGACAUCCACCCAAACAUGGAUGCCACGUUUGUUGGAUUGUCACCUCAGGAAAGAAUGAAACUACGAGCACAUGAAAAAGCCAAGAAGAAGUCAGCUGAGAAGUACUCUGUGCUACAGCUUCUCGAAAAGACAGAGGAAUGCAUGGACAGUUUUGACUUUGAGAUGGCUCGCCUUUUCUGUCAACGAGCCCUGGAUGUGGAGUCCUCAAACCUACAAGCUCUAGAUAUGCAGGGACACAUCUGCUCCGAACUAGGAGACACACAAAAAGCUAAGGAAGCUUUUUUGCGUGCAGUGGAGCUGAGCCCAGAUGUAGGCCACAGUAAGUACAUGUAUCUAGGACAAAUCCACACCGGCCAGGAGUCUGUGGACUUCUACACUAAAGGAAUACAAGUGUUGCUGUCUGUAUUGGACAAACAAGCCCAGACCAAACAGGCUCAGGCUGCAGCUGCUGCCCCAGCAGAUGAGGAGGCUGAGCUCCCCACAGCGAAAGAUGUUUGUGUAGCCUACUGCUCAAUGGCAGAGAUUUAUCUCACCGACCUCUGUAUGGAAGAGGGGGCUGGAGACAAAUGCAAAGAGCUCAUUGAGAGAGCAUUACAGUAUCACCAUGAAAACCCUGAGGCUCUACAGCUCAUGGCAAGUUACCUGUUCAGUACAGAGAGAAACCAGGAAGGCAAAGAGUACCUGUUAAAAAGUGUUGGAUUGUGGCUGCCUGCCCAGAAACAGAGUGCAGCUUCUUCCAGCACAGACGAAGACAUGCAGAAUGAUAUCCCUCCGUACGAGUCUCGCGUCACCACAGCCAAACUGCUCCUUGAAUCUGAGGAAUUUGAGCUGGCAGUAGAUGUAUUGGAGGGUCUCCUGGAUGAGGACGAUGAAGUCGUCCAGGUGUGGUAUCUCUCCGGCUGGGUGUGCUACCUCCAGUUGGAGAAAGCAAAAGAACAGCAGGAAAGAGAGGGAAGAGAAGUGACGGAGGAGGAGACGCAGGAGUGGAAGGCUCUGGAGGAGGCAGCCAGAUCGUACCUGACCAAUGCUAAGAAGCUGUACAAUAAGCUGCGAUGUGAUGACCAGCCGAUGUUGGAGCAUGUGGAGCAGCUGCUCGGUGAUCUGGGAGGAGAGCUUGAGGGAGAGGAGGAAGAUCCUAUUUUGGAUGAAGACUAUGAACCCUGUAGUGAUGAGGAGGAGGAGGACGACACUGCAGAGGCACCCAUGGAACACUGACCACAAACUCCUUAACUUUUAUUCUUUCAUUUCCAUUUUCCCUAUCAUGCUUCCCUCUAGUGAAAUGUUGUAAUGCACUCUCUAAAGUGCCUUUAUUACUGGUUAUCCUUUUACACCAGUUUGUCAGAGAUGGAAUUUGAAGUGAGUUGCACAAAAAAAAGAGUGGCAUUAAAAGCUGCAGUCUACCAAAUCUCUUUCAGUCAGUUGUUUAAUGCUUUUGGUGAAAUAAGCUCAUACUUGACUAAUGCUUCUCUUAAUCUCCUUGACAGAUGUUGAUGAAAGAAAUUAGUUUUAGAGCUUUACUUCUUACCAGCAGCAAAAGCAAAACACCUCAGAAUGCUUUACCUCUCAUACAUACCCACGCAUUGGUUUUUACAAGCAAACACAUAUGAACAAAAAUGCACAAAUCCUGCAGUUUUUGAUAACUUUAUCUUUCUUUAAUACGAUAGCAGCAGUAGUAGCAGUGUUUCUCUCUCAGACUGUAAACAAAUGAAAUAUCUCGACAGGAAGUGGGCUUUAUUAAAAAACUGUGUCUGCCAACAAACAGUUAACGCUGUGUUUAUAUGUAAGGCUUCUAGUAUUCCAAGUUUUUAUGCUAUUCAGUUUAUUCUCCUGCUUUGGGUUUUUUUCCCCCUUUUUGUGCAUUGGAUUCAACAAGGCAAGACACAUAGAGAAUUUGACAUCAACGACUGCAGCAUGUUUCUCUGACUGUUCAAAGUGGCUGGAGGAAGACUUUUUCUUCACAUUGCAGUAUUUAAAUUCUCAGACAGGGUUAUGUAGUGUAACAUCAUCGGUCAGUGUAAUAAAAUGGGACAUCAGUAGACUGUUGCCUUUAUUUUUAUGUUAUAUUUUAAAAUUCAGUGCAGCAAUGUGAAAAGCAAGGCCUGUUCUAGGACAGCUACACAUGAAGCUACUAAUUGUGGACAGAAAGAUUAUAACAUUUUGAAAUAACGGCAAGAAACAUGAACAUUAGCUUUGACGCACCUUGCGAAAUAUAUUGGACAAAAGAGUUGUGUCUUGUCUCAAGCCCCGAUAUAUUGUUGGCUAGUUUUUUUUCUACAUAUAUUGACAUUUCCUCCCCAGAUACCUUUUUACGAGUGAGACUGUGUGACUUGCAUGCUUUAACACACGUAUACCACAGAGUCCAUGCACCAUGCCUGUUAACAAGCUCAACACACCACAGGCACCCACUGCUGCGCAGCCCCUUUGAAGAAUUUCAUAACCGGUAAAUGGGAAUGUUAUCUGAGAUCCUGCUCCUGAUUGCGCCCCGGCAUCAAGCUGAGAGGCCUGUUUGGGAAUACAGGGGUUCAGAUACCACCAUCUGAUAGUGCGUGUUUGUGUUUAAGGAGCGCAAAAUAAAGCUCGGCAGAAACAACAGAUAUGGUGCUGUGUGCGUAUAUAUGCUGCAGAAAUUGAUAGCUUAAUGUGCUAUGAUGUGUUGUUCUGACCUGGCUUUGCUUAGAAAGAUUCUUCUAUUCUUGUGAUGUUUAAUGUAUGAUAAUGCACCAGGAGUACGGGCCUAGAGGACUGACUACCUGGAGCGAUGCUGUCAUCUAGCAUUUGGCUUUUUAAUUAAAAUGUGCUCUAGUGUG